AUGGCAAACUAUUGUGCGGCAAAUUUGUGUCCACGCGGUGUGAAACACAUAGCUUGUAACAAUAAGGGGAAUUUCUAUGCAAGUUGCCCCAAAGAUGCUGCCAUGGUGAAAAUUGGACCCAAAUUGAAAAAUAUCAUACUGACAAACCACAACCGCAAACGUAACAUUAUUGCCGGUGGCAGAAUUGCUAAAUUUAAGCCAGCUUGUCGUAUGGCCACAAUGCGAUGGGAUCCUCAGUUGGCCAAAAUUGCAUCGUAUAAUGUGCGUCAGUGUAAAAUGUCUCACGACAAAUGUCGCAAUACACCAAAAUAUCGAUUUUCAGGACAAAACUUAGCCUGGCGUUCAUUUAGAGGGAAAUUGAAAAAAUCGAAGUUAAUGCAAGCUGCCAUUAAUGCAUGGUAUGUUGAAUAUAAAGAUACCAAAUGGACGCAUAUUCAGUCUUAUCCCAGUAGUUAUAAGGGACCAGCAAUUGGCCAUUUCACCACCCUAAUGGGUGAACGUAACAUUGCCGUGGGCUGUGCUGCUGCCACCUACUCAACCAAAGGUGUUACAUAUAAAACAUUUUUAGUUGCCUGUAAUUAUGCCACAACCAAUAUUAAUAAUAACCCCGUGUAUAGGGCCUGCCCAAAAGCAGCGGCCAAAUGCAAUGUUGGUGUAAAUUCCAAAUUUAAGAAUUUAUGUGGUCCCAAAGAAACGUACAAUGUUAAUAAAUGGUGA